AUGAUGACGUGCCGGCUGGGUUCGCGGCGGCUGGGCGGCUCUCGCGGCUCGUUGCAGGCUGGCACCGCGUGUUCCGCCGCCAGUGAGCUGGACCUCUCCUCCCGCUCCAGACGCGCACAUAAAGCAAGAUUAAAAUUGCUGGGUGCCAGCGGGGAGGCACCUCUGCUAAGCGGUUGGCGGAGCACGCCGCACACGCCACAUGCGUCGGCGACGCCGGCGCCCCACCACUCACAUAAUCACCUCGCACCGUCGCACUGCAAUGGCACUGACAGUGGUAGCAGAGGGGGUCUCCGACGACGGUCAACGUAUGCCAGUGGUCGGUUACGAUCGGGGCCGCAUUGGUCUUUCGUGUUCGACCCUGCUGGCCGCCUGUGUUACUACUGGUCAAUGGUCGUCUCCCUAGCGUUCCUAUACAAUCUCUGGGUUAUCGUUUACAGGUUCGCCUUCCAGGAGAUAAAUGGCGAGACGCUAAUAGUAUGGUUCUGCUUAGACUACUUCUCGGAUUUUCUUUACUUGGCGGACAUACUGUUUCACUUCCGGACGGGGUACUUAGAAGAUGGCGUGCUGCAGACGGAUGCGGCCAAACUUCGUGCGCACUACAUGAACUCAACAACAUUCUAUAUCGACUGCCUCUGUCUGCUGCCACUGGACUUCCUUUACCUGUCCAUUGGUUUCAACUCCAUCCUACGUUCGUUCCGCCUCGUGAAGAUAUACCGGUUCUGGGCGUUCAUGGACCGUACAGAGAGACAUACGAACUAUCCGAACUUAUUUCGAUCGACCAGUUUAAUUCAUUAUUUAUUAGUGAUAUUCCAUUGGAAUGGGUGCUUGUACCAUAUAAUAUAUAAAAACAAUGGAUUCGGUAGUAAAAACUGGGUGUAUCAUGAUACUGAAACGGCGGAUGUGGUGAAGCACUAUUUACAAAGUUAUUACUGGUGCACUUUGGCGCUCACAACUAUAGGUGACUUGCCCCGGCCGCGGAGUAAGGGCGAGUACGUUUUUGUCAUAGCUCAACUGCUGUUCGGACUGUUACUAUUUGCUACGGUGCUUGGACACGUCGCCAAUAUUGUCACAUCCGUUAGCACUGCCAGGAAAGAGUUUCAAGCUAAACUAGAUGGCGUUAAAACUUACAUGCGUAUGAGACGGGUGCCAACACAUCUACAGGUGAAGGUGAUCAAAUGGUUUGACUACCUUUGGCUCACGCAGAAAUGCUCCGAUGAGGAAAAAGCCGUCUCCUGUCUACCCGACAAGCUUAAAGCAGAGAUCGCCAUUAACGUUCACCUUGAUACUUUAAAGAGAGUGGAAAUAUUCCAGAACACAGAGGCGGGUUUUUUGUGUGAAUUGGUUCUACGACUUCGUCCGGUGCUGUUCUCGCCAGGCGACUAUAUUUGCAGGAAAGGUGAAGUCGGGAAGGAAAUGUACAUAGUGAACCGAGGGAAACUGCAGGUAGUAGGCGACAACGGGAAGACAGUGCUGGCAACACUCAAGGCGGGUUCUUAUUUUGGCGAAAUUUCCAUUCUGAACAUGGGCACGGCAGGUAAACAACUUGGCAACCGCCGGACAGCAUCGGUUCGAUCCGUCGGCUACUCGGACCUGUUCGUGCUGAGCAAGAAGGAUAUGUGGGACGUGCUGAAAGAGUAUCCUGCCGCCAGAGUGCGCCUCGAAGCCAUAGCCGUCAAGAGACUCGAAAAGUAUAAGAAAGCGCCGCUCGAGAAAGUGGCCAUGGGCCGUUGUCAGUCGACGCCCGGCCUUGUUGAAACGAGCGGACGUGUGCCAAUAGAGGAGAUGCAGUUGCAGCCAGCGCCUACAGCGAUGCUGCCACCAGUUCACUCUUCACAUCCGCCUUCCUACCGGGACCAGCUUUAUAGUUCGUCAGUAAGCCCUCUUCGAGUAGCAUCGCCCGUGGCAUCGCUUGCGUCAAGUGCGCGCAGCAGUGGAGCGGGUGGCGGCAGCGCUUCGGCAAUGGCUCCGCGUGUGUUGCUAGACUCGCACGACGCACUUGAGUGCGAAAUCAAACGCCUGCGUGAGCGUCUUUAUACCGUAGAGACCGAGAAUGCCGCCAUGUCUGCCAAGCUGAGCCAGCAGCAAUGGGAGGUUGACCAAAGGCUACAAGAGAUUGAAAUGCAAAUAUGUGGGGGGAGCUCGCUAAGCUCGCAGGAGGAGAACGAGCGUAACCGUGAGAGCAUCAUUUAA